AUGAAAGUUAUCAAAAACAUAUUCACUCGAACUAAAUACUUUGGCACAUCAUUAGAAACCCUUCAAAACAGAAAGACGGGACAAUUUGACCAUCGUAUUCCGUCACUGAUUUACUUCUGUUGCGUGUAUUUAUCCGAACCAAGAAACGCUAUAAAACCAGGGCUGUUCAGAAUACCACCAAAUCAGUCAGUCUUGGAUAAGUUACAGAGAGACAUUAACUCGGAUGGCGUAACACACAUCAAGCAUUUUCUAUUCAAAUCGUUUGACAAGGAUGUCUAUUUGUGUUCGGGAUUACUUAACUCUUUACUUUAUGAACUCCCGUUUCCUUUAAUCCCCAGAGAGAGCGUCAUAUACAUGCAAGAUUUAUUGCAACAACCACAAAGUGCACAAAGGCUUUUUGACUCUCUUCCUCAAACACACCAAGACAUCUUGGCCUUCCUCUCAAUCUUUUUUUAUUAUUUAGCAAACUUUUCAGAACUCAACAAGAUGAACGAGCGUUCUUUUGGGAUUGUUGAAACUCCCGUCUUCGUCAGAAUCAAUAAAGAAGACGCUUUCACAUUUCCUGUUACGAUCGUCCAAAACGGGCUAACCGCUUUGUUUAAAAACGCACCAAAUCUUGUGCCAAAACACCUGUUUGAAAUAUUCAAAAUACCGUUUGUGCCACUCGCAAUCGAUUCGAACAAAAUGUUAUCACAAAACAUUCAACCGGUGACGUUCCCAAUAACUGUGGAAAUUAACACAAUCGAAGAUAUCAGUACGUACUUGGAGCAUGACAGACUUUUUUUCCAUCGACCUGCUUACCCACAACCAAUGUCGUACUUCCAACUCCUUCAAGAGUAUCAAGCAUUAAAGACGGGAAUUGCUUUGUACACGUACAACUACUUCAAUGCAAACAAUGCAUGGCCAUCGAGCCCUACAUUAACAAAAUUAAACGAAACCCUUGCUGAGAUGAAAGCCCAAGUCGCCAAAGAAGAGUGUAACGUCCAGGCAGACUCUUCGAGAAUGUACUUUACAAAGUAUUCGCCUAAUGCUGUACCACAGUUACCAACAACAGUCACUGGACUCGGUGGGUUGAUGUCAGAUUUAAAGAACGAGACGGACAUGCUCACUGCGCGUCUGACGGUCCUUCCUUCAGAAGACACGUUCCUUCUUAGAAACGACGUACACGGGUUUGCAGAGAGAAGAGUCAUUGAAAUAAAGCUCUAUCACGCACAGAAACUGAGCCAAUACAUCCAAAACAAUUUGAAUGAGAUUUUGGACCAUACAAUAGACGAUUCUGGGUUACCAUAA